AUGGCAACCCGCUCCAGGACGUCCUCUCAAGCCCAAUCCCCUUUCGAUCAGGGAUACUUGGAACCCCAACUUCCGCCAACCGCCGCUCUCAAGCUUGGCAAAGUAUCCCUCAAGCGCGUCACACGCCUCCUCCUUGGUCUCCUCGGCCACGUCGAACGUCUCGAAAGGGACAUUGCCGAAAUUAAAGAAGCAGGAGUCGAAACAAGGACCAACGUUGAAAACAUCUCCCAAACCGUCGAUGUUGUCAAGGAUGGGCUUCAAAGCCUCCAGCUCCACGGGCCCCGCACCCCUCAAGGCCCUCAACCAAAAGCCGUGGAAGAAACGCCACGCCCCUUACCAAAAGCCAAACCUAUUGGAUUGGCUAGUGGGCCUUCCUUCUGGCCAGAACAACCCCAAAGCCUCCCUGCCUUUGCGCAGCCAACCCCAAAGAGAGCAGUACCCCCGCGAGUCCCUUCUCCCCCUCCAUCUCCGCGUCUCCGAUCCCCCAUCGGAGCACCUGCCCCUCCUCCUCCGGCUCCAGUUGCCACCUAUUCCGCCCCGGUCAAAGUAGACCACCCAGAUGCCUAUACAGGCAAGAUCGGGAGCGAAGCCAAGCAGUGGCUCACUAGGAUGCUGGCCUGGACCCGGCUCAACUCCUGCAUGUUCCCCACCGACCAAGAGGUUCUGUCCUUCCUCUUAAUGAACAUGAAGGACACCGCUGGGGCCUGGGCCCACCCUCACCUCGACCAGCUCGGCUCGCACCGGGCCAUCAUUCGAACGGUCAAAGAUUUUAGGUCGGAGUUUUUGGCAGCAUUCGGCGACCCUGACGCCACAAGGGCCGCGGAGCAAAAGAUCACCUCCCUUACUCAAUCCGGCACAUGCGCGGAUUAUAUUACAAAGUUCAGAACCCUAGCCAUGGAACUGGACUGGAACGACGCGGCCCUUAGAGGCCAGUUUGCCCGUGGCCUCCAUUGGGAGGUCAGCCGCCAGAUUGCAACCCGCAAACACCGGCCCCGUACACUUCUCAAGCUGCAGAACGCAGCACUCGUCAUCAACAACGCUCUCCGCAAAGAGCGUGCUAGCCACCCACCAAGGGAUAAUAAGCCUAGCAGACAAUCCAACCCCGCAAGGGGGACGAGUACCAGCCAAGUCACGACCGGUUCAAAGAGACUCUCCGACGAUCCCAACUUUGUGUCGGAAGAAGAACGGAACCGCCGCCGCGCCGCAGGCGCCUGCAUCAAGUGCGGCAAGAUGGGCCACAAGUUUGCGGAAUGCCGCACGGGCUGGAAAGCCACCCCUAUUGAGGACAAGGGGAAGGCUAAGGAAGCCGCCAAGAUUGGCGAAGACUCCGAGUACCAAUCGGGAAAAGAGUAA